AUGGAAACAUUGAAAUUUAGAGGAUGUAUGAGAUACAAGUUGAAAAAAAAGAAGUUUUUGGAAUAGGUGGGUAUAAAGUGCCAAGAAAAUACAUUUCGAAUGAUAAGGUUUUUGUUCCAUAUAAAUAGAAAUUCUAAGCUAAGCCUAAAAGUGCUGAAAAAUAGCCUACUGAGAGAGGUUUUUACUUAGAUGAAUAGAUAAAAUAAUUAGGCAAAUCUCCUAGUCCUCAGCAGUAUACAGCACCUAAAAAGUGGAUUCUCUCUGAUAGAGAAAGAGAAAAGCUAGGCAUUCCAAAACCAAAUUAGAUUCUUUAUAAAUAAGAUAGAUAGAAUUUCUUAGAUUUAAUAGAAAGAAGAUAAAGUUUAAGUCCAACACCAGGUUGUGGUGCAUAUAAAAGUGAAAAAAGUGAAUUUGAUAACAAACUAAAUAAACACCAGAAAAAAACUCUGGAGCUUAUUCAUGAGGAAUAAUCAAAGAAAUAAAAGCCUUGCUUCAUUAACUAAUUUUACUACGAAGGGACUACUUCACCUGGACCAGGAUAGUGAGUUUUUAAUAUUCUUAAAAUAAAUAGAUUUGCUAUUUUAAAUAAGCUCAAAAUAAUUAAAAAACUAUUUUAAUCAUGAUUUAUUUAUUUAUAUUCUUUAAAUGAUUUAAUUAAUAUAUUUUAGAUAUUAUCCUAGAGCAGAAAUUAAAAAAAUCCAUGUUGACAAAAGAGAUUUAGUCUACUGGAAAGAAAAACAUAAACAGCCAUCACCAAUCAGAGUACCGAGAAAUCCACCAGGAGUCGGAACAUAUAACCAUCAUCCUCUUGCUUAUAAAACAUUUGCUAAGUUAUAAGAGUAGGAGGAUCAAAAAUUAGGAAAAAAUAAAAAAAAUAAAAAAAGCUAUAGUCCAUUACAAAAGAAAGGAGAGAAAUUUGUGCAUUAUGGAUUUGGAGUAUCAGUAAGAGAAGUAGAACCAAAAUUUAGUAAAUCUAAAGUCAAACUUCUUCCUCGUCCUGGACCUGGUACUCAAAAAUUAAUAUUAAGAUUUUUAAUUUAUUUUAUUUCUAAAUAUUUAAGGAAAUUACAAUUUAAUUGCUAGUUGGGGAGAAAGAUAAUCAAAAAAGAAUGA